AUGAGUAGCCUCAAUUUUGAACAUGAACUAAACCUGCAUACUUCUUCCCAUAACUCAAAUCUGCUAGAUCCCGAGGAGUUUAGGCGGCAAGGCCACAUGAUCAUAGACUUCCUUGCUGAUUACUAUGCAGAUAUCGAGAAAUAUCCAGUCCUAAGCCAAGUGGAACCAGGAUAUCUCCAUAAACGCUUGCCAAAGUCCACCCCGCAUGAUCCAGAACCCAUCAAAACCAUUCUCCAAGACGUGCAAGACCAUAUUGUACCUGGUAUAACGCAUUGGCAAAGCCCUAACUUCUUUGCCUACUUCCAAUGCACAAGUAGCAUAGCAGGGUUUCUCGGUGAGAUGCUUUGCACUGGAUUCAAUGUGGUCGGAUUCAACUGGAUCGCAUCCCCAGUUGCGACUGAACUGGAGACGAUAGUCAUGGAUUGGCUUGGAGAGAUGCUCAACCUGCCCAAGUCUUUUCUUUUUUCUGGCAAUGGUGGCGGUGUGAUACAAGGGACUACUUGUGAGGCCAUUUUGUGCACAUUGGUCGCUGCUAGGGAUCAAAUGCUCUGCCGAAUAGGGAGAGAGAAUGCGGGAAAGCUGGUGGUUUAUGGGUCUGACCAAACACAUAGCGCACUCCAAAAAGCAGACUCUCUGCGGUCCACAAUUUGUGCAGAUAUAGAAGCAGGCCUAGUCCCAUUGUACCUGUGUGCCAAUGUGGGGACAACAUCAACAACUGCAAUUGAUCCAUUAGGGUCGUUAUGUGAUGUGGCAAAAGAUUAUGGCCUUUGGGUCCACGUUGAUGCUGCUUAUGCCGGGAGUGCUUGCAUUUGUCCUGAGUUCCGGCAAUUCAUGGAUGGCAUUGAGGCCGCAAACUCACUCAGUCUCAAUGCACAUAAAUGGCUCUUCACCCCUUUAGAUUGUUGUUGCCUUUGGGUUAAAGAUCCCAGCGCCUUGAUAAAAUCACUAUCAACGAACCCCGAGUUCUUGAGAAAUAAAGCCUCUGAUUCAAAGCAAGUGGUCGACUAUAAAGACUGGCAGAUAACUCUAAGCCGAAGAUUCCGAGCGUUAAAGUUAUGGUUCGUGCUUAGAAGCUAUGGAGUGGCUAACCUGAAGAACUUCAUGAGAAGUCAUGUUGAAAUGGCCAAGCUUUUUGAAGGGCUUGUGGCAAUGGACAAGAGGUUUGAGAUUGUGGUCCCUAGGAAUUUUGCCAUGAUCUGUUUCAGGGUUCUGCCAUCAGCAAUGGGUAGGGAAGCAUAUCAAAAUUGUAAGGUGGUCGAUAAUGGUCAAAAGUUACUAAAAGAAGAGAUCACUACUGCAAAUGAGCUUAACCAGAAGUUAUUGGAGUCCAUGAACGCGUCAGGACGUGUUUACAUGACUCAUACCGUACUUGAAGAUAUGUAUGUAAUACGGUUUGCAGUUGGUGCAAGUCGGGUAGAGGAAAGGCACGUCAUCAUGGCUUGGAAAGUGGUACAGGAGCAUGUGACUGCCAUACUAAGCAACAACUAAAAUGCUUAAUUAGCCUGUCUAAUUGCAUGCCAGACAACGAGGUACAUUAAUUGAGGAGGCCAUGCUUGCGUGACAGUGCCACUUGGUCAUGUUCGACAACGUAUAAGUAGAAAGAGAUGAAGCAAAUUAUGAUCUCUGGAAUAAAAUAAAAUAAAAAUUAAGCUAUAGCCAUUUAUAAUUACUGUAUUUUCCGCUUUGUGUUGGUGUUCAGGUUCCUUAAUUUCGGGUUGUAAUGAAAAUAAAUGAAGGUUGUCUAUAUAGUUUGAAAAUAAAUGAAAAUUAAA